UUACAUCAUGAGCAUUGCGUAAUCUAGUAUAGAACCACCUUUACACACCCCACUAUUUUAUAAUAUCGAUAUAAAUGACAGAUUUUAGGACUUAAUGCAGUUUGAACCCAUUCACCUUGUUUCUCAACAAAAUCAAUUUUGCAAAUUCCAAAAAGAGAGAAAAAUCCCCCCAACCAUCAACCUUGAUAACAAUUCAUUAAUGUUUUAUCAAAUUCAAGUCUAAACAACAAGAGUAAAAAAGGCUAGAUAAUCAAGAAGUAGCAAAUAUCGAAUAAUGCCUGAUUUUGAUUGCAAUUCUUGUCUCAAAAUAAUUUAACCCUCUUCUAUGAAUGUUAAAAACACCCAAAGAAUAUAUUCAAAACCAUAGAAAUUACCAACUAAAUGUGUAUGCCACAUCUCAAGGGGUAAUGAAACUUAAACAAAAGAGCAGAAAAAAAUUAUCAUUAGAUUGCCUAUAAUAGAAAAAAGCAAAGAGCAUAGUCCAACUAAUAUGUCUAUAAACUGUUGGACUAGAAAUACUUCUUCCAGUUUAUUUUAAGGAAACUAAUGA